CUCUGUCAGACCUCAAGAAAUUAUUGGUGCCAUACCGAGUCCAGUGUGACGCAGCACUAGCGACCUCAAAAUGAUACCAGAUUCACACCUUAUGUACCUAUAUAGAACAUAAAUAGAACAGCCAUGUACCAGGUCAAUCAUUCGUUUUCCUUCUUUUAUAUAUAAGCCACUUGAUCAAAGAAAGCAAUUACCCAUUUUGAACUUGUGAAAGUACCUUCUUCAUCUCCUUCAUCAACAUGGAUACUGCUCAAUGGCCUCAGGAUAUACUGGUGAAACCAAUGGAAGAGAGAGUGACAAAUACAUGCCCUAAACCUUCAUUAGAAAGGAAGAAGCCACAGAAAGAUGAAGCCUUGAACUGUCCAAGAUGCAACUCAACAAACACGAAAUUCUGUUAUUACAAUAAUUACAGCCACUCUCAACCAAGGUAUUUUUGCAAGACAUGCAGAAGAUAUUGGACUGAAGGUGGAUCUCUCAGAAACAUUCCAGUUGGAGGAAGUUCAAGAAAGAACAAAAGAUCAUCAUCGAAA